ACAUGCAGCAAUCAACCCAAAGAUGUCUGGAAUGAAGUUGUUCUUUGAUACAUUCUCUCAGCCCUCCAGGGCUGUCCUCAUCCUUUGCCAUGCCUACAAAAUCCCAUUUGAGCCCAAGCUCAUCAAGAUUGGAGAGAUGGAGCACCAGACCAAUGAAGAGUUUGCGAAAGUCUGUGCAUCUCGGACAGUGCCUGCAAUUGACGAUGACGGAUUUAAGCUUUUUGAGAGUGCUGCAAUAAUGAAGUACCUGGUGUGCAAGCACAAGUUGCCCGACCACUGGUACCCAGCUGACCUCAAGCAACAAGCCAAGAUUGACGAGUACCUUCACUGGCAUCACUCCACCUUGAGAAUGGGUAUUACCCCAAUUAUCUUCAACAAGGUACUCUUGCCCAAAAAGACUGGACAACCCCCGAAUGAGGUGAUUAUACGAGCCAGUGAAAAAAUUCUCGAAAAGAGUCUAAAGUUACUUGAGAGCCAUUUCCUUAAAGACACCAAGUUCAUCAACAGUGAUAGCAUCUCCAUCGCUGACCUGCAGGCAGUUUGUGAGCUGACUCAGUUCUGGAUGGCAGGAGUGGACCCAGUAGCAGACAAGCCACGACUGUCCCAAUGGCUGACCGACUGUCAGAAGGAGCUUGCCCCACACUUCGAUCAAGUUCAUGAGGCCGUCUAUUCAGUUAGAGACAAAGGAACAUUCAAGGGAAUGCUACUCUCCUCUUCCUUUCAUUCAUGUGAACUUGAGGGAGUAGAGAGAGCAGCCACUCCCACUUUUGACUGCAAAUUAAAGAUGGCUGGUCUGAAGUUGUUUUUUGAUGCGUUCUCUCAGCCCUGCAGGGCUGUCCUUAUCCUGUGCCAUGCCAACAGAAUUCCAUUUGAGCCCAAGCUCAUCAAGAUUGCAAAGAUGGAGCACCAGACUGAUGAGGAGUUUACGAAAGUCUGUGCAACUCGAACAGUGCCUGCAAUUGACGACAACGGAUUCAAGCUUUUUGAGAGUGCUGCAAUAAUGAAGUACCUGGUGUGCAAGCACAAGUUGCCCGACCACUGGUACCCAGCUGACCUCCAGCAACAAGCCAAGAUUGACGAGUACCUUCACUGGCACCACGCCAACUUGAGAAUGGGUGCCGCCCCUAUUGUCUUCUACAAGGCACUCUUGCCCAAAAUGACUGGACAGCCCCCAAACGAGGAGAUGAUAAGAACCAGUGAAAAGAUUCUCAAGAAGAGCCUGAAGUUACUAGACGGCCACUUCCUUAAAGACACCAAGUUCAUCAACAGUGAUAGUAUCUCCAUUGCUGACCUGCAGGCAGUUUGUGAGCUGACUCAGUUCUGGGUGGCAGGAGUGGACCCAGUAGCAGACAAGCCACGACUGUCCCAAUGGCUGACUGACUGUCAGAAGGAGCUUGCCCCACACUUUGAUCAAGUCCACAAGGCCAUCUAUACAGCUAGAGACAGAGGAACGUUUAAAGGAAAACUCUAGGUUCCUCUCUGUUUCAUUUACUGACAUGCAUCGCAUCAGCAGAAAUAAUCAUAGAAACUUUAAACUUAAUUUCAAACUAGACUAUCGUUGGGUUUUGUGAGUUAAUCGUUAUAAUUUGUACUGUUAGUUAUGCCUCGAGGCGUAGCCGCACGAGGGAUACGGUAAAGCUGACUGUGUGUGUGUGUGUGCUAGAUAGUAUGGAGUGUGUGUGUGUCUGUUCCAUUCUAUAGGCUUCUAGCCACUUUCUUGAUUCGUGAAUUAAGCUUCUUUC